AUGGACGCCAAACUCGCCAAGAAACUCCCGGCAGCGGCCAAGAGUGUUGUGAGCGAGGCGAUGCGCUCCGGCGCAUUCGACAAGGGCGAGCUCACCAUGGGCGAGGCGCGCCGUCUGGUCGCUCUCAAGAUGGGACUGGAGGAAGACGCGCUCGACAGCGCUAAAGAUAUCCGGAAACAGGUCAAGGAAGCGAUCACUGAGGCCAUUGACGAGGAUGCAAGCGAUGAGCCGGAGUCGCCAGUCAAGGCAAGAAAGGGCAAAGUCAUGAGGAAUUCCGACGUCCAGAGCUCCGCGGCAUCCUCCCCUGCGAAGCCUGCGAAGAAGACUACGAGCAAGAAGUCUGUCGAGUCCGAUGAGGAAAGCGAAGCGGAUGAGGCUGCCCCACCGUCCCCAGCGUCGAGCGCGAUGUCUAGUGUUUACGAUGAGCCGCCGAAACCGAAGAGGUCUAAAGCUGCGCCGAAGGCUUCGAAGGGAAGGACGAAGAAGGAUCCGAACGAAGAGAUUCGCCAUGUGCAAGACAUCCUCCGCGACCUCGGCAUGAAGGGCAAUCCUACCCUGGGCAAGGCCAAGUCGCUGAAGGCCCGCCGAGAGCUGGCGCAGGAGUUAUCGGACGUGAGGGAGUAUGAGCAAGGGCACGGCCUCAGCGCUGAUCGCCCUUCGCGGACCCGGGCGGGCCGAGGGACGCGGGAUAGCGCGCCUCCAGCCCCUGACGAGGAUGGAGCCACGGCAGCCGUCAUGGACUUCCUAGGGGACGACAGCGACUAG